AUGAGGUUUCGGGACAGUUUCGUGAAACUGAUAAGCUCGCCUUACAGCCUAGCGGCACAACUGCAACGCGGUCGGUCGGUUUUAAUGCAUCCUAAAAGUUGCAAGUUCAGGGGUAAGUGUGAGGGUUUUCUUCUGCGGUGGGAGAAAGCUCGGUUUUCAGAGUUUGUCAGCUGGUGCUAGAUAUCGCUUUCUCUCCCCCCCCCCCCUUUUAUGGGUCUUCGAAAAAAACCUCAAGGCAAGGAUGGUCCCCUUAAGGGGGAAGAUAAGUUUUAAUCAACCUAGUGGAUGUUACAUAUGAAUUUGCAACAAUGUGAGCCUAGACCUGGUCGGUAUCCGAAGCAAACCUUUCUGCUUAUGCCGAAACUUCAUGCCGCUGAUCAUUUUGAAUUGAUUUCCUGGGUGAGAAAAUCCUUCAUAUAUUACUACAUACUUUUUUUUAAGGUUUCAAAUGAAUGAUAGCAAGGCUGCUCUCUCACAAUUAAAGCCAGUUUAAUUCGAGUGACUUUUUUAAGCGUGGGGGAUGGUUUAGUUGUCUUAGACCGAGAGAAUUUGCAGAGAUAUAGAUAUAUAGAUGCAUGUCAGUUCCAGAGAAUUCAGACGGGAAGCGAAUACGGAAUAACUGGGAUUUAACGAUACGAAAAACUUAGAACCUAAGGGAAAAGGUCGACAAGAAAGGAUUGCAUAAAGGGAGGGGGGAGAUGUCGGCAAAAUAGGGGUGAACGGUCAGAACAGAGAAAAAUAAUGAGGGGGGGGGCUGCUGAGAGAUUGGGGGGAGAGAAAAACCCUUGAAAAGUCCCACUGAUGUUAAUGAGAUUUCCCAGAAGUAAUAAACGUAGCACGACUUUAACUGCGUUGUUGACUCAACUAGAAGCCCAAGGGAUUUAUUCCCAUGCAAAGGUGUUUAAGGGUUAUAGCCUUCAAAUUCCGCCCAACCGCAGUUUUAAUUAUAGAAAUUGAUUCUCAUCGAAGCUGAAGGUGACAUCAGAGGCCACAAUUCCGAAGCAAUCCGUCUUAAAAAUGCUAUCAAAACCGUAACUAGGUCUUUUCCCCCCCUUUCACGGUAAGGAGGUAGCCGAUUAGCAAUCCAGUCUAUCAAGUAACCUCCACGCACACCAGACAUUUAAAAGCCAAUUUCUCCCCUAAAAGGAAGACAUCUGGGAACUAUAAUCCCCCCCCCAGCUACCAAUCCGGGCACCCUGAACAAACUACAGUUCUCGCGCUUCUUUGGGCGAGGCGGGUGGAGAUGUGCUUUCAUGUAUAUUCACAAGCACGCACGACUUUCUCUGCCAGCCGGGGAGGCAGCUCUGGAAAGGAAAUAAUCGAGGGAGAAAUCAAGAGGCCUUGGCAACGCAAGAGAAAUCCAUAUCCUGCUUUUAAAAAAAUAGAAAUAUAAAUUAAAAAAUUCCCUUAAAUUACUUUCUGGUUUCGGGGCAGGGAAAUCUUCUCCCUAACUUUUUUUCCUCCUCCUUUUUUAAAUGGUCGCCACCCAACCUUGCCCUACAUGCCUCUCUCUUUCUCCAGCUUGCCAGGAGGUGGGGGGGCGGUCACGUGACACGGCCCCCUCCCCCCCCCCGCCGUAAAGGGGCCGAGCCGCAGAUGAAGGGAAUCACUUUAAGGCCGAGAUUAGGCGAGAGAGGAGCUCGUCUCCCAGGCGCGAUAGGCGAGCCGGGUCCCCAGCAGCUAUCAGCGCGGCGGAUCAGAGAUAAGAGGCGCAGCCGGAGCAGCGGCGACGCAGCAGAGCCGCGCUUCAAAGGAAUGGGCUGCUGAGCAAGAACCCCUUUUGCAUUUUUUAUUUUUUUUAGGGGGUGGGGUGAUACUGGGAUUAGACUCCCUUUACACGCGCAAACCCUUUUCCUUUUUUUCCCGGGAUUUUUCCCCCUUUUGGAUUUUUUUAAAAAAAUUCUUAUACUUUGUUUCGAAUCGUCUCAACUCAGAAGUUUGCCUGCUCCAUCGUAAGUAUCCCACUCUCUAAAUUAUCUCUCGUGCAAGCUGGGCUUAUCUUCCCAGAUAAUGCCACACUCGGAGAAGUGGGGAAAGGGAACGGUUGGGGGGGGGACUCUAUUAGCUCUGCAAAGACCCACUAUUGAUAACCGUGUCUGUGAUUUACGAGUUUCCUGAUUAAUUCCCCCAUCUUUUUUUAUCUUUUUUUUUUUUGCAAGGGUGGGGGAACCCUGUUCAGAUAAUGUUUUCCUACAGAAGAACUGAUAGGGAAAGGACGCGCCCCUCCGCCCUGUUUAACGAGAGGAUUGGUUAUAUAGGAUGGGCCUAGGAAGCACAUUCCUUUUCCCUAUUAGAUAGAUCUUGCAGGGGAUCUAUCUCGCCGCCGCCGCCGAUCCCCUUUACUGAAUUUGCUUUCCUUGGGUCCACCCGAAUCCUAAAAGCAAAUACACUGGAGAUUUUUACGUCCCAUUUUAGCAUUAAUGGCUUUCUACUUCUUUAGAACCUUUGCAUGUAUCCGUGCAAAAAAAAAACCAAAACAAAACAGCAGCAACCCCAAAACAUUGCAAUCUGAUCUUGCAAAUCCUGUUCGAGUUUUAAUUCGGAGUUAAGCGCAGCAGGACUGACUUCGGAGUAAAUCAUGCUAUCGUGAACCGCUUAAUUCUGAGUUGGAAUUCAGUGUGUUCAGCUUCUUCCUCGAUUUUUUUUUGAUAUUUUUUUUUACUUCCUAGUAAACAUGAAGCCAAGCCAUGCUUUACUCGGAAGUAAGUUUACUUCUGAAGUCUGUGGGAUUCUAAUCCUCGAAACUAAUGGGAGGAAUUCUUGUUUCCGCAAGGAAACCUGCGUAGGGCACCGAAGUUGGUUACCGAUCCUACAGCUCGGUACAGCUUGGAAAUAAGCUUAAAUCUGUUCGAGAGAUCCUCUCAAAGCGAGGUUGGCGCACUGGAAAUCUCAUUGAAUUUCCGCGACAGCCUUUACUUCCGAGUGAAUGGGACUGCAACCGAGGUCGCAGCCACACGAGCUGCUUAAGACCAGAGGCUUACUUUGGAGUAAAACGUUAUAGGUGUAGGUUUAAGUCGGCAUUCCGUAGUAACUCGUCCUGCUUUGGUCCCUGUGUUUCAGCAGCCAAAACCCGCUAACUACGUCAGAAAGUUUGCUGCUAUUUUGUAUUGCAUAAAAUUGUUUUAGUGAAAUUAAAAUACUGGUGCCCUCCAACUGCAGUGUUAAUUUGCAGGGCAUGGGGGCUUCCUAUAUAUAUUUUUUGAAUAUGUGAUGGAUCAGAGAUCUGGAUUUCCUACUGAACUCUUCAAAAGGGUUUCUACUAUUUUCAUUUUAUGCAUUUUUCCAAUUUAUUUAUUUUUGGACAACAGCUGAAUUAUUUGCUUCCAUGUAAACAUUCAGAGUACUGUACUUAUUCUAUGUUUCUUCACCUCCUCAUCCUUCAACUACUUUAUUUCUUUAUUUACUUUUUGAAACUUUAAAAAGAGCCAUAGGUUAAGCACCCAUUUCCAAGGUCACUAAAGUAGUUUUUUGGCUGAGUGGAAUUUGAACACAGUCCACCCUCACCUCGGGCAAUUCCUAGUCCAGCACUCUUAACUCAUUGCCAGCUCUCUGAAAUGUUCUAGCAGAGUGUUGCUUUUAUAUCUGGGAUAAGGUUUUGGGGUUGGUUUGAAAGUCUGUAUUUUAAUGCCACCUUCGUGGAAGUGGAUUUAGUGCUUUUGGUUUUCUCCCUCAAAAUUGUCAUUAGGGUGGCAAGUGGCUAUUAGGAUAGUAGUGUAAUUUUGGGGAGAGCUUUCACAGAUCCGAAUUAUCCAAACCAUUAUGGGCAGGGGAGAGAGGACAAAUAAUUCAAGAGUGUUCCAAGAAAGAAGAAAAACUAUGAACCCCUAGAUUAUAACACUUGGGUUUUCCUUCCAAAGUUCUGGGUCCAAAAAUGGCUGACCAAAUUCGGCACGACUUUUUUCCUUGUAAAUGGCAUGGCGCAUGAACUGCAGUUCAGUGGGAGCAAACUAAUUGAAUUUAGGCCCUGCUUCUGAGUAGACUGGCAUAGAAAUCAUAACCCAAGAAAAUCCUUAAUAAAAACAAUUUAAAAAGGGUGGGGGAAUCAUCUGCAAAUAGUCUUAGCAGCAGCAAUAUUACUAAUAUUUAUUUUUUAAAUGCAAUUUGUUACUACAUCUAUGGUGGCAAACUCUGACGCCAGUUGAUAACCCCUUUGAGGACAAAAAAAGCUACAUCCGCUUACCUGGAACCUGGUUCUUUUCAAAGAAGUGGGACUUAUUUACACAUAUAUGUGAUGAUUAGGACAAAAUCUACUGUGGAUGCUGGGAGCACGCAGGAUUAAUUAUUAGUACUUAGCCCAAUUCCAAACUCAGUUAAGAGCAACUGUGUUGCAGUGUAUCCUGUUAAUCUGCUAGCUUUCUGUCUAAAUAUUAUAGGCUGAGCUUUCAGAUGUAGUUCAGCGCACAGAAAGUAUCCUAUUUAUGGCUUGCAUUUAUAUCGGCGCAGUGUAUUCACCACAACCGGGCAAUGUGGUUCUAAACGGGCUUCAUUAUCCAUCUGGGGCGAUGCAACUUAACCCUGACAGCGCUUUUGGGACCGGGGUGUAAAUGAAUUUGGAGGCUGGGGCAUCCGUUAACACACAAUCCACUGGCCUAAUAAGGACAGCCAAAUGAGACCAAAAGUCCGUUCUGUGUUUGACCGUGGCCAGCUGGGUGGUUCUUGAGGCUCUGUCGGACCUCUCCUUGUUCCUUCCUGGAACCUGGCUUUCCAAAAGCAACUUCUUCUGAAUAGAUUCCUGGUGUCCCUUUAGCACUUAUCACUCAUUGUAUUUUAGUUUUAUAUGUCCUCCAUAUAUAUAUAUAUAUAUAUAUAUAUAUAAUCUUUUCCCAAAGUUGGUGGCCAUCACAACACCUCCUGGGUGUGAAUUCCACAUGUUAUUUAUGUGCUAAGUGUUUCUCUUUCUUAUUCUGAUGCUUUCGGCAUGUGUGUGUGUGUGUGUGUGUGUGUGUGUUUGUGUAAGGGGCUUUAAUUCUUUGCAUUCCUAGCAGAUGGUAAGCUGAGCUCCUUUGGGAGGAGUUAUAAAAAUUAAUUAAUUAUCAUUAACAAUAAACAUGCAGAGGAUUGUACUGCUUUUUGUUUCAUUUUGGUAGUCUGUUCUAUUCUGGGGGUUUAGGGGAAGUUACUGUAAUAUGGUGGUGCUUAUGCCCCCCCCCCCAAGAGCACCACUGCUUACGCUUAAUUAUUUUAGUCGGACACAUUUCAUGCAAAUGUGUUCUCCAUGCUCACCAGAAGUAUUUGUAAGAGAUUAGCUUUUCAGCUUGGUGGCAAGGAAGAACCUUAUCUGGAUGAAGCCUGUUGCUCUUGCUUAAUUCGUAAUAGAUGGAUCAAUUCACUCACAGCUGAAGAGGAUAUUUCAUCUGGUUAACAGUGUCGUUCUUGAGCCUCAAAUGGGUUCCAUGUGACUUUCUGUUCAUAAAUUAUAUUUCUGCCCCGGCAAAUAAAAAAUAAAUCACUUAAAGUCAGAAUGCUGUUAUGCUUCAAUUCACAACUUCUGAAUAUAGCAAAUUCCUGCUGGGUGGCAUAUGAAGUGGAUCCCCGUCCUUGAAAGUUUAUGUCACAGUGAAUUUCUUAGCCUUUAAGAUGCCACAAGACUCUUCAAUGAAUCUUCUUGGAGUAGGACUUAGUUGGCUGCAACUCAGUAGUAUUUCAUUUACUUAUCGCUAGAGCAUCUCAAAGUGGAUUCAGCUACUACUUCUAGAGUAAACCAACUGCUGUGGUACUCAGGUUCUGAUUUUGGGUCUCCCAUAGGCAUCUGAUUGGCCACUGUGAAAACAGGAUGCUGGACCAGAAGGGCCAUUGGCCUGAUCCUGGAGGGUGAUAGGACUACCUCAAAAUGAGUAGGCUUGAGCUCUCUGCCACUUGCUCCCUGUGUAAGGCCCUGUCGGGAAGUGUAUUUGGAGACUGCAAUGCCCACUUGCUAGGGGAUCAGCACCACUGACACGGGUGGGUCUAAAUUCCAUGUAGCCUCGCAAAAGAAUUUGCUUUCAGGGCACAAACAAUGCAUUCUUGCAUUGUUCGUAAAAUACUUUUAAAAAUAGCCAGUUGUUCCACUUCUCUUUCCGUCUGUCAGACUACAGAUGCAGGCUGUAAUCCUCAACUCAUUCAUUGCAACAUAACCCUAUGGGGCUUAGUGGGAUAAUGCUGGGUAGGCAUAAAGAAAUUGAAGUCACCAUAGUGUUGCUUAUACACUGGGGGGGGCGGUGUAGUAUAGGGAUAACUGGAAUCUACAUGAGUUUGAUGUUUAGUGGCUUGUGAGCUGCACCGGGGUCCAGAUCUGAGAAUGCAAUCCUUUGCAGACUUUCUUGGGAGCAAGCCCUUUUGAACUCUGUGGGCCUUACUUCCAAAUAUACAUGGAUGGAGGGCAUCAGUGAGCUGCAAAUGUCUCUCCUCUGGCUUCUGAUUGCCAAAAGUGCUUCAGACACAGCAGAACUGGUUGGCUGGUGUCCAGGACAGAGUUGUCCAUCCCUUUGCCCUUAGCAACAAAGCUCUCCAGACACUCACCCUCUGAACCUCACAGGGAUAUUGUGAAGAUCUUACCUUUUCCCUUAAUUGUAUAGCUUAUAUUUUCUUAGCUUUAUGCUGCCCAUGCUGAACACUGAAGUUGUACAUUUCAUAAUUUAAAAAUGGCAACAGCAAUGGGGUACCUGCAUGUUUGCUACCUUGACCUAGUUAGAGAAAGGGCAAAAAAAUAUAUAUGAGAAUAGGCUAGGAUAUGUAAAUGGAAUGUGCUGCCUCUUUAUAUUUACCAGCCCUUUUCAAGUCAUUGAUGCAAAGAAAUUAUAAUCUCCAGUUAAAUAAGUUUUUUUAGGAGACAUUUUACUAACUGAUGAUCUUUGACAGUAAAGCUGCUGUUAAAACAUGUGAGCAAUUUUUUUAAAAAAAAUGUUGAACACUCCAAAUUUCAAAUGAUGUGAGUUCCAGUCUUCCUUCCCAUCUUUGCUGUGAUGUUCAACCCACUCUUGCUAAGUUUUUUAGGGCAGGGCUGCAAGCUACGGGAAGCAAAAUGGAUAGUUUGAUUAGAGAGAAAUCAUUGUUCACAUUUACUACUAAUAAUAAUUAGAGAACCCCUUUUGAACUUUUUAUGUGCAAAGGAAAAUGAAUGAAUUUGAGACAUUUGGGUCUGAAGAUUGGGUCAAUAUUGCUUAGCAGAUAGUAGAACAGCUGGAUGUUACCCUAGAGUGAAUGUUUUGAAUAAUUUCUUUUAUGUAACUGACAGAUGAGCAAAAGAGGGGGAAAGGAAAAGGCUGGAUGAAGCAACUUGUCAUUUGCCAGAAGGAGCCAAGAUACAGGACUCAAAAGCAUCUCUUUAUUUCUCCUGUGUUCCAGGUGCCUGA